AUGCAUCUUGGAUAUUACGUUUUCUGUUUGUGUUGUGUUGUAUGCUUUUCAGAUUGCUCAGACAACCAAAAUACAAAUAAAGCAUGUAAACCCCCAUUUCGCAGAUUUGCAAACAGUUGUUAUUACAUCAGCAGAGACCAAGUAUGGGGAGAUGAGGCGUUUGCUCGUUGUAUCAACAUUGGAGGUUACCUCGCCAACUUUGAGACAUUGGAAGAGGCCAUGCUGAUGAAACAAAAGUUAAAGAAAAUGAAUUCGGGUCUCCACUUCUUUGUUGGAGGAAGAAAUAUCAACCGGAGAAAAGCAGGAGGGGAUUGGAGGUGGAUCAAGAACGGAACAAUGACCAAAAUGACGUAUUUCGCAUUUGGCAAUAACGAACCAGAUGGAAUUGAGAGUAAUAAGCAAGAUUGCAUGAUUAGGUGUUUUGAUAAAGCAUGUAAACCCCCAUUCCACAGAUUUGCAAACAGUUGUUAUUACAUCAGCAGAGACCAAGUAUGGGGAGAUGAGGCGUUUGCUCGUUGUAUCAACAUUGGAGGUUACCUCGCCAACUUUGAGACAUUGGAAGAGGCCAUGCUGAUGAAACAAAAGUUAAAGAAAAUGAAUUCGGGUCUCCACUUUUUUGUUGGAGGAAGAAAUAUCAACAAGAGAAAACCAGGAGGGGAUUGGAGAUGGAUAAAAAAGGGAACAAUGACAAAAAUGUCAUAUUUCGCAUUUGGCAAUAGCGAACCCAAUGGGAGUGACAGGAGUGCUGAAGAUUGCAUGUUCUUUUAUGCAGCUGAAUACUACAGAUUUCAUGAUGUCUAUUGUGACAAUUACAAUGGUGGUUAUAUUUGCGAAAAAUAAAAUGAAAAAUCAGAACGAAGUUCGUAUUUGAUAAAGUUGUUAAAA